AUGCAAGCCAAGGCCCUCACCUGGGCUAUGGUCAACGGCUAUGUCUGUUCGGACUGCAGGCGAGGCAUCGGCAGGUGGUGGAAGGUACUACUGACAAGAAUGAUAGCGAGUUCCUUUGGGCUUGUUCACAACGAUCCGCCUGGAAUCGUCUGCGAACUUGGACGGAUGUUGGCCUUACCUUAUCCCAUUCCUUGCGACAAAUUGCCGAGACCAGUGCAGAAUGGUUCUAAACUGCAAGAUGAGCUUUCGAGGUUGCUGCCAGCGAACAUGAUCGUCAUGGAGGCAGACGAGCAGUACGAGGCGAGAACAAAGGAUUCUCGAUGCUUUAACCAUUUCGAGUUGCCUCAUGCUGAAAAGCUUCUCACCGACGGCUAUCCCCUUGUUGGGACGUUCGUCUCAUGCUUCCUGCCCCUCGGACAUGUCAAAUCCGUUACCCAAGACGAGCACUUCAUCUCCACCUUUCGCAGCAGCCCCAAGCUUUUCAUCCUUGAGUUGUUUGCGAUGAAGAUCCCUUACCUUUUGGGGCUCAGGUUCCUCCUUCCUGCAGCGGCCAUGCAAGCCGGACAUGCGUACACCGUCCAGGAAGUGGAGAAUGCGGUGAUAUCUUUCUACACGAACCCGACGAAUGUCGUGCAAGCAAACGCGUGGCUCGUGGAGUUCAUGCAGACCAAGUCGGCAUGGGAAAUUUCCAUCGGGCUUUUGCAGUCCUCUCGGCAGGAGGUCAAGUUCUUUGCUGCCAACACGCUCCACCAAAAGAUGAAGAACGACUCAGAAGAUCUCUCCACCGAAUUCUCUUCACAUCUGCUCAAUGCCAUCCUCGUCUUCCUCAACACAGCAUCAGCCGGAAACCCCCAGAUCCUAACCAAGAUCUCGCUUGCUCUGGUGGAGCUGGGGCUGCAGCUGACCAAGACAGAAGGGCAGCUGAAGGCCAUGAUGCUUGACAACCCCAACUUCCUGUCGUUGCAGCCUGAGAUAGCGCUCGAGUUCUUCUUGCUGCUCCCUCAGGAGUGGGACAGGUGGAGCGUCACGAGGGCCAGGCAGGACAAGGCGUUGGGGGAGCUUGCGCAGCUUCUAUCCCAUGUGGUCGCGCUGCUGCAGUCGAUCCUCGCCAUGUCGAACCGAGAGGACUUGAUGAAGAGAAGCCUGCAGGCCCUGUCAGGGUGGUGCAAGUUCGGGCUGACCCUCUCGAACCUCAAGGAGCUCCCAAUCUACCCGAUGGUGAAGCAACUCACCUCCUCUCCUGUCGUUGGGAAGGAGGCUCUCGAGCUGUUCGAGUCGGCUGUUGUGAAUGAGACGCAUCCGCCGGAGCCGGAGCAGGUGAUACUCGAGGUGGUAGCAGACAUGGCGCAGCUACAGCCGCUGCUUCACAACGCCAUCAUGUCAAACAACGACUCGUUCUGCGAUGGGUUCUGCAACCUUGGAAGGGCCCUAAUGCUGAGGAGACCAUCGCUGAUGGCCAGCGGGAAGGGAGAGACCCUUGCGAUAGCCAACGUGAUGCUGGAGCUUUGUGCACACAAGAACAGAGGGAUAUCAGAAGUGUCGAUGGAAUAUUUCGAUGACUUGCAGACUGUGGAGAUGGUAGAAAGGCAUGAGUUCCUUCAGAAACAGAUCUUCUCCUCCCUCUCCGAGCUUUUGGCCACACGAUGCGCUUUAUAUCCAGCAGACUGCGAGGACUGGGACAGCGGGGAUACAGACGACUUCAACAUGUACAGGAGGAGGGUCGAGGACGCACUGCAGAACUGCUCUGUCUGCCUGCAAGCAGACAACCUGGGGAUCUUGUGCUCGCUCCUCGCCAAGCACCAGAACAACAGCUGGCAGGUGGUAGAGGGGAUCCUUUUCGCGGUCUCCUGCAUUGGAGGGGAGCUCACGACUCUGACGGGGAACGCUGAGAGACAAGCUGUGCUAGCGGGAGUGACGAACUUGCUGACUCACUUCAUCUUCACCCGCUCCAUCCCGCAGCACAAGCUGGUCAUCGCCUCGUCCCUCAAGGUCAUAGAGAACUACUCGAGGUGCCUCACGCAGAAUCCUUCCCUGCUGAGCCCCUCCCUCGAGUACGUCCUCCCCUCUCUCGUCAACCCCGACACGUGCGAGUACGGAGCUCGGGCCUUCCGGGAGGUCUGCUCCAGGGGAUGUCUCCACCUCCGCGACCCGGCGUUGGUGCAGCAGCUGGUUCAGGGCAUCGUGAGCGAGAUGAACAGGAUCCCUCGGGAGAUCCUGCAGGACGUGGUGGAGAGUCUGGGCAGAGUGAUCGCUGUGCUCGAAGUGCCUGCGAUCGAAACGAACCUCGAUAUCCUUAUGGCCCCCUUCCUCUCUCGCCUCGCUGACAUCCUCGAUCAGACCGGCUCCAACCCUGGGUUCGUGAAGGCGAGCGUGCUGGUGGAGGCGGCUUCCUGCAUCCACUUGGUGGGAGCGACGGUGAGGUUCUUGGAGGUGGGGGAAGAGCAGCUCUCGGCCUGCCCUCAACGUCCUCACCCCGUCGUCUCCGUCAUUUCCAAGGCCUGGGAAGUUCUCGAGGCGUUUGGAAAUCGGUUCGGGGGGGACAGCAGCAUAGCAGAAGCAAUCAGCUGCUCCUUCAUACGGGCGAUCAAACAGGCGAAGCUCAGGACCCAACCAGCAGUAGAGAAUCUCUUCCAGUUGACAACGUCGCUCUUUCGCAGCUCGCACAGCGAGAAGUGUCUCGAGUUCGCUCAAGAAGCUGUCGAGAUCUUCGGGGGCAUCGAAGGAGCUUCGCGGGUGUUCGGCGAGUUGUUCAAUCAGCUCAGCCAUGUCAAGUUUGAGAUAGCUCAGAGCAAAGGACACGAGUUGGCACUUGUCACUGUGAUGAUGAGGGAGAAAUAUCCCGUGCAGGCUGUGCUGAGCUUCUUUGAGCGCGUAGUCAACACGAGCAGCCCCUACUUUGAAAACUUCCUGUCUCAUUGGUUCGAAGCCAACGGCUCGUCCCUCGUCCAGAACUUGGUCAUCGCUCUGGCUGAAACGGCACCGAAGGAAGCUAUGGUACGACUUGCCCACCUUCUGUUCCACCUCAACGCCAAGUUUGGCUCCGUGCAUCAGACUUGGCUGCAGAACUCUCUCUUCGGGCCCUCUUUUCCUGCAAAAGACAUCGAUGAAGACACCAAGAAGCAGUUCCUCAGUGGCAACAUGAAUGUCGAGCGAAAUCCCCGGCGCUACCAGGCGCUCAUCGAUGACUUCGCCAACAUCUGUCGGCGGCAGCAGACAUGCGACGCGUUGGUAGCCUACCAGAUGUCGCCGUACGGCGAGAAGAGAAAAGACUCAUAG